UACAGCGUAUUCGCUCCACGUCGUUGGGUUCCUCUUCCUCCUCGGUUGGUGCCGCUGAUGGGAGGUAGCUUGCCCAAGUUGGUUCUGUUCAGCACACGCGGAGUCGUCGUCGGUGCGCUCGACCACGCCAAGGAGGGCGUCAACCCGGUGGACCAUGCGGGAGCAGGAUCUGCGUAGGACAUGUCCUCGCCGGACGCCCGUUCGUGGCACAUGCCGACGUCGCGGCCAGCCACAACGGACGCCCUCAUCUCUCCAAGGGAGUGAUACAACAUCGCCGACGCGGCAGGGCACGGACUGGACGCUCGGGCUCGGGCUAGCCCGGCUCCUCCUCCAUUGCAACGGGCGGGCGACUCGACCUGGUGGUGAAGGUGGCGAGGGCCACGACGAGGAGGACGUCAACGUCGUGGGCCUCGCGGGAGCAGGAUCCGCGCUCGGCCCCGUCGUCCGUGGUAUCCCCCCUACUCACGGCCAACCAGAAUGGACAACGUCAUCUCUCCAUGGAGUGGCACGCCGUUGCCAACGCGGUGGGGCACGGCUGCACGGCCGGGGCACUCGAGCUCCGCCCCCUCUUCGGCGCACCCGCCCGCUAGCUCGGCGGUUCAAUCUCGGGCGCGACUGGUCUCCGAGGCAGAGUCGUCGGCGGCGCACUCGACCUAAUGGAUGGGGAUGGCAAGGGCUAGGAGGACAUCACGGACGAGCUCAGGAUGCUCAUCGACAUGUACAGACCGUCCUCCACUUGAUUUGUCUCAGAAGUCUCGAAUCAAAACUGCGGUUCACAUCGGUAAUUCUGGACUGAGUUCAUCCAUUCAGUAAAUGCAUAUGUAGAAACAUCUGUGACUUCUGCCUCACUAGGGAAUGAAUUUGCUCUAGAAGCCGUGUGAGGGUAGAGAUAUAGUCUGGUGUCCUAGGAUUUCAGCAAUAUACGACUGGAAGUAGGUUCCUGUGAUUGAAACUGUACAGGGUGAUUUCUCACGCUUCUGUAUGAAUGUGAAUUCGAGCUGUGAUUGU